ACAAAGGAAGGCAGUUUCUCUUACUAACUUGAGGAUGAUACUUGGAAGAAGAACGGUUAUUAAAGUGAGAUAAAAGAAAAUAGCAUACUUAUGAACAAAGCUGUAUUAGAAAUAAUUCCAACCUUUUCUAACGUCUAGAAGGUGUGUUUGUUUCAAAUUAUUUGGUAUUUGGAAUAUUUCUGGAACAUGGACAAAAUGGCGCGACUUGUCUUCACUUUACUUCUUUUUACACUUGGCUUUGGUAUAAAGGUGGAAGUAGCGAACUUUCCACGCUGGGUUUGCGCAGAUGGAUGGACUUUAUUCCAGGGUUACUGUUACAAAUUCUUUGAUGUUAAGAAGUCCUGGAAUGAGGCUGAGAAUAUAUGCAAAAAUACAGUAAAAGGGGCCCACUUAACAAGCAUUUCAAGUGAUGUUCAAAACAAGUUCCUGGUUCAGCUGACUAAGGCAAUGGAUAAAUCUAUACCAACAGCAUGGACUGGAGGGAAUGACUUUACAAAGAAAUAUACCUGGACCUGGGUGGAUGGCAAAUCAUUUUCUUAUACUCAUUGGAGCAAAGGUGAACCUACCAAUUUAGGAGGGCAUGAAGAAUGUCUUCAGAUCAACUGGCUGGUGCCUGGACAGUGGAAUAAUGAGAUGUGCAGUGCUGCCUUGCCUUUCAUCUGCUGCUACUAUCCAAUCUCAUUUGAAGUGAACGAAACCCCUUAGCUGGAGACAACUGCUUAAUUCAUGUAGUAGCGAUAAAACUGAAAUGCAUGUUAAUUCCUUACUUCUUGACAAUAAUAGAUUGAAAAAAAGCAUUUUCAAAUUAUCUUGUAUUAGUCUGGGUUAUUUUGUACACUCUGCUGCUGAAACUGGCUUAAUUAAAAUAUAAUGGCUUUUUGCUUUUGA